GAAGACACCGGCACAGGAUCAUGGCAGAAGUAGAGACAGCUCCGGCUCCGGCUCCAGCUCCCGCCGCCCCUGCGGCCAAACCAGGCAAGAAGGCGACUUCUAAACACAAAUCCAAACGGAAGUCCAGCCACACCGUCAGUGAUCUCAUCUGCAAAGCUGUGGGUGAGUCCAAGGAGAGGGGUGGCGUGUCUUUGGCUGCCAUCAAGAAGUACCUGAAUGCAACCGGAUACGAUGUGGAGAAGAACAACACCCGGGUCAAGACCGCCCUCAGGAAUCUGGUGGCGAAGGGGAUUCUGGGCCACGUUAAGGGGAACGGAGCCUCCGGUUCCUUCAAGCUAGGCAAAAAGACCGAACCCAAGAAGUCAGGGAAGGGAUCCGCUGCUUCAGGCAGUAAGCCCAAACCAAACAAGCCCAAGACAGCGGCCUCAAAGUCCAAGACAGCGGCCUCAAAGUCCAAGACAGCGGCCUCAAAGCCCAAGACAAAGUCCAAGACAGCUGCCUCAAAGCCCAAAACAAAAUCCAAGACAGCGGCCUCAAAGCCCAAGAAGUCAACACCCUCCAAGAAAUCUCCUGGCACCAAGGUGACGAAACCUGCAGCAGCCAAGUCAAAAGCCAAGAAGUCUGCAGAGAAGCCCAGUAAGCCGGCCAAGAGCACCAACAGCAAGAAACCUGCAGUUAAAUCGGCUCCAAAGAAGUCAGCAAAGAAGUGAGCUGUCAGUCUGCUGAAUUAAAACCACAAAAAGGCUCUUUUAAGAGCCACCCACACCUUCCUGACAGAGCAUUGACUGUCAUCACUCACAGCUGAGUUUAGGAUGGGA